AUGGCCCGAGCAGCAGGCGCCGCCGCGCUCCGUGGCACGCGCCCGACGCGCCCAUUGACAGACGACCUCCGCUCGUGGACGGGACCCCUCUCGCGGGGCGAUCGCCCCGAGUCGGAGACACUCCAGCUCGCGCGGAAUUUCGCCGCGGCCACGGCGGACAAGGUCUGCCUCCUGCGGAUGCCGGAGACGGAGCGGCGCGCUGAGCUGCGCCGUCUGCGAGCACAGCACGCGCAGUGCCCAGGCGAUGGCCCCCAGACGCCGCGGCGCCAGCAGGAUUGCCCGCCUCGGCGCCGGAGGCACCCCGGCAUCGGGCCCGAAGCAGGGAGGUCCGCAGACACCGGGCGCCUCGGCCGCGGGCAGGCGCCCCCGGCAGACUCCCGGGACUGCUCGCCGCCGGGGCCCGACUCCUCGGACAGCGGGAGGGGGCCCGAGGAUGACUUGGCGAGGAGGUGGCAGAGGUGGAGGGGGACCAGCAGGCUGCAGCCAGCGGCCCAGGUCCUAAAGGAGCGCAUCGACGCGCUGGUGCAGGCCGGUCGGGAAUCGAGGCUGGAGGAUGAGCGCGCCGAGGGCGCGGAGCAGGCACUGCGGAUGCUGCACCAGCACUGGCGCGAGGGGAACGACGUCCACGACGAGGACCGUUGGAGGCAUCCCGCCCUGCAUCGGUCGCGCGGCGGCCAGCGCCCAUACCCCGGCCUCUCGAACCUGUGCAACACCUGCUACCUCAACGCGCCCUUGCAGUGCCUCCCCCACUGCCCCGCCGCGCGCGCCGCGCUCCUGGGGGCGGAGGGCCAGGGCGAGCCGCUGAUUCUGCAGGAGCUGCGCGCCCUGGCGACCGCCUGCGUGCGCGGGGCGCCGCCGAGCCUGGCGGAGGGCGACGGCGGCGCCGCGCCAGCGCCGGCCCGCGUGGACCGCUGGUCCCCGCACGCCUUCGUGGACGCGUUCCUCGCGAAGCACUGGGUGGACUUCAAGCUGGGGAGGUACGCGGACGCGAGUGAGGCGCUGUCGUUCAUCCUGGAAGACGCGCCUGGUCUCGCCAGCCUCUUCCAGACCGGAUGCGACGAGGAGGCCAUGAUGAGGCUCCCGGCAUUCGUGGACGGGGCAGACGACGGCGACGACGCCCUGUCGCCGCAGGACUUCUUCCUCGACGGGGGCGCGCAGCGACUGGACGUGCGAGAGCUGCUCCGCCGCGGCGCCUCCAUGGGCGGGCGACUGCGAUCGAAGCCCGAGUUGCUGGCGGUCCACGUGCCCCAGAGGUGGGAGCGGGGCGACGGCGCGGCGCUCUUCCUCGGCGGCUGCGACAUCGCGCCCUACUGGGGUGACCUCCCGGAGGGCCACUUCGUGGCUCACUUCGAGGAGGACGGGAGCUGGUACACUGCAGUCGACCUGGGCGAUCGGCCGCACGUGGUCCAGUGGGCGCCUGGCACCGAGCACAAGAUACCUUGCAUGAUCUUCCUUGAGAAGGUGGACUCCAGGGCGGCCCGCGCCGAGGCGUGCCCGUGGCCGCCCGGGCCGGUCGUCGACGGCGCGGAGGGCGCGGGCGGCGACGGCGACGGCGACGCGGACGGCGAGGACAGCCCCGGCCUCGACGGGGAGUGCGACGAGGAGGAGGAGGACGGGGCCGGCGACGCUGGCGUGCCGGGCGCGCGGAAGCGGCCCGCGGCGUCCACGAGGAGCGGCGCCCCUGCCACGAAGCGGCUCCGCCUCCGAGGGAAACAGAGCGCUGCUGGACGGCAGCAGAGCCGCGCUGGGAGGCAGCAGAGCCGCGCUGGGAGGCAGCAGCAGCAGAGCCGCGCCGGGAGCCAGCAGAGCCGCGCUGGGAGGCGGCAGCAGCAGAGCCGCGCUGGGAGGCAGCAGGCCAGGGAGGAUCAGAAGCGCGGUUGCAAGCCGGAGGAGGUACUGCGACAGGGGCGGAAGCCGAAGAGCAAGUGCGACAACGCCGACGGAUCCAGACAGGACUCCCAGAACAACGCCGCCGCCCCUGUCCUCCGCAGCAGCAGGGAGGCGAAGAGCUUGCAGACCGCCAGCGAGGAGCGCCGGUUGUGUGGGGAUCUCUUCCUGCUCCUGCACUUGCUGGAGCCGCUGGUCGCUGCCGAUGACCUGCUGAAGCAUUACCCUGACUUCUUCGUCUACGCGGGCGACGACUGCACCCGCCGAUGGGCGACGUUCCUGCAGGCACCCGAUCGACCCGACAAGUUGGCCGGGACGCCGGAGAGCGGGGAGUGGCACGUGCACCACGUCGCGGAGCUCCUGGACGAGCGCCUGGGCUCCGCCCACGGCGCCCCCUCCGUGGCGGCCGCGGCCCGCUUGGCGGCGAGCGACGCGUCGGCCGCGCUGGGCGACGGCAACCCGCUGAGGGCGCACCUCGCGGAGGCGUGGCAGCGCAGGGAGGCGUUCAAGGCGCGCCAGGGCAGAGUCCACGGGGGGCAGCGGUGGUACCAGUCGCAGUAUGUGGCGCGGUGCGAGCUGGGGCCCUACCAGCCGUCGCCGACCGAGGAGCGCCAGGUGGUUGCCAGGUUCCACAUUUCCCAGUGCUGCGCCACCGUCGACCCCGUGGACGAGCCGUUCGUCCCGAAGCCUGAACCGGAGGUGCAGAAGCAGCUGCUCCACGCGGAGAUCAUCGGCAGGAUCGCCGGCAAGAUCGGGCAGGGGGGGCCCGCGGAGGAGAUCUCCCUGCAGGCGGCCGGCGCGGCGGAGUCGGCAGCCCGCGCUCAGGCGGCGUGCCAGGCGAGGGGGCCCCGCGCUUUCCAGGCCUGCGUCUGCUGCGCCAUGCAGCAGUGGUCCGAGAACCUCCACUCGGAGUACCUGGUCGGCGACAAGUGCACCAUAAAGGACCGGGCCCAGUUCGCGGACUGCCUGUCGGCCGAGUGGUAUCACCAACGAUGGCCCCUCAUACCGCGCGACGAGCUGAUGUCGUCGGCCGUGAACUUUCCCCACGACGACUGCGAGGGCUCGCCGACGUCCACGAAGAUACUCUUGCACAAGAGGCGCGUGCCGCCCGAGGCGCUCGAAGGGAAGGUGCCGGUGAAAGUCUGCGACGAUUGCCGGAAAGUCCUGUGGUCUGAUCACCCCAAGGUGCCGCUCAUGGCGCUGGUGAACGACCUCUGGCUGGGCCGCCACCACCCGCUGCUCAGGAAGGCCGCUCUCGCGCACCAGUUGCUGCUCGCGCUCGGCCGCGUCGUGUCCACGAAGAUCUACCUGUCCAGCAAGGGCGCCGACAAGGCCGUCCGGCAGGAGCAGCAGUCGCGGAGGCAGAAGUUCUUGCAGUACGCCAUGCAGGGCACCGCCAUCGUGUUCGGGAACGGGAACGUGGACCACGCGACGCGGAGCUUCCCGCCGGAGCCCGACAUGCUCAGGGACACGUUCGUGGCCGUCUGCGCGGGCGCCGACGACGACGAGGAGGGCGCCCCCCUGACCGAGGAGCAGAAGCAGGAGAGGGCCUUGAGAGCCAUGAGGGAGGAGGUGGCGCUGCACGUCGACAAGGCGGAGUACGACGCCCAGGCGCGGUUGUUGAAGCAGCACAACUACGUGUACAAUGACCCGGGCGUGCAGUACCGAUCGGACCUCGUGGACCGGUUCCCCCCGCAGCCGGGCGUGCCCGACUUCAUGCUGGCCUGCGCGAAGUAUGUCCCCACGGACGCGGCGCUGGACGACGUCGCGCAGGCGCAGGGUCCCGCGUCGGCCACCACCGGUGCGCAGGCAGAGAUGAGCGCGGCCGCCGAGGACGCGCAGGAGCUGACCAAGUGGCUGUCCGUCCUCGAGGACCACAUGGACGACGUCAGCGAGCUCACGUCCCUGCCGGCGCUCCAGGGCAUGCUCGAGAGGAUGGAGAGUCAGGCGGGUCGCGUGGUGGCCAACGAGCUGAUGUCCAGACUCGAGGACCAGGGGGGCGAUGAUAGGGCGCUGCAGCUGGACGAGAUCGGGCGUUGCCGCCUGCGGGACCUCUGCCAGGAGUUCCACGCGCGCUGUCGGAAGAUCUCCCCGGGGGAGGACAUGGCGAAGCUGCACUGGCGCGUCCAGGCGCUGGAGACCAACAACUGUCAGGCGGAGGAGGGCGCGGGCGACUUGGCGCGAUCUGCAGGAGUCGCGGGGACUCCCGCCGAGGACGAUCCGCGCUCCUUGCAGGGACCGCCCGGCCCAGACGGCCAGCGGAAGGCGAGGCCCACGGACUUCUGCUACAGGGACUGCGCCUGGGGCCUCGGCCAGCUCCCCCCGGACGGAGAUGAGGACCCGCAGAGGCAGAAGGAGGCUCGGCUCUGCUUCAGCGUGGCGCACUUCAUCAAGAAUCUUCUCACGCGGGAGGAGAUGGAGUACGAUGUGCCUUCGGACGAGGAGAAGCACGUGGCCAGGCCCAUCAGUCGUUUCCGGAGCUGCUGGUACGACGCGCACCUGCUGUGCUCCUUCUGGAGAGUCACGGAGACGACCAACAGCACCUACACCUUCAUGAAGACGCCCGGGGCGUUCGGGGCCGCUCGCGCCUGCGCGGACAUCACGCCGGAGAUGAUCGAGGAGGUGCAGCUCAGGGCGCAGCAGACGGGCGGGAAGGCCACGCUGCACGGCAUCCUCAAGGACAAGGACACCCCGAACGAGGUGCGCAAGGCCUUCGCCACCCUGGGCCAGGCCACUGCCGGCCAAGUCGGGUCCGACGGACACAGGCGGGAGCUGCGCGGAGAGGGCGAGGCGCAUGCCCUGCGCUUCGGCCCGCCCGUCCAGUUCGUCACCCCGAAUCUGGCAGACACCAAGCAGCCCCUGAUCCUGAUCGUGCAGGGGGAGGAGUACACCUUCGACAACGACCUGACCGAGGCGGAGCAAGUCACGUUCAGCGAGAUGUCGCAGCGCAUCACCGCGGACCCCGUGGGCCAGGCCGUGGUGUUCGAGCUGAUGAUGAGGCUGUUCUUCGUCCACGUCCUCGGCCUGCGCCCGGAGACCGUCGGGUGGCGGCGAGGAGAAGUCCGAAAGGCUUCGGAGCACUGGAUAUCCGACGGCGUGGCGGCCGACCUCAUGGGCGCGCCCACGGUGUUCGGCCCCCUCGCGGCGGCCUUCGGCCCGGUCGAGGCUCAGGGCCGCGGCUCGCUGCACCCUCACAUCCUCAUCUGGCUGCUGCAGGGUCAGCUGCGCGUGCUCUUGGACAUGCUGCAGCGCGACGAGGCGCGCUUCCAGGAGCGCUUGAACCUGUGGAUGCGGCAGGUGGUGCAGGCCGUGGUCGCCACUCAGCAGAGCGCCGUGGAGCUGCUGCCCCUGCAGCUGCAGGGGGGCGAGAACAAGUGCGGGGUCACGGUGCCGCCGCUGCCGUUCGGGCCCAACGAGAAGCGGUACUUCCGGGCCGACGGGGGCGCGGAGAUGGCGACUGCAGAGCAGCUCGGGGACGGAGGCGAGACGGAGCCGCAGGAGCUGUGGUUCUACGAGAGUGGAUUCGCGAUGUGCCGCGACGUGCGCGAGCUCGUCAUCGGCUGCGGCAUCCACGUCUGCAGCCCCUCAUGCUACAAGUACCAUUCCGACAGGACGCGCGGCUCGCAGAUCUGCCGCCACAACUUCUACAACCUGGUGAAAUUGUGCACGUGGACCGAGGGUGAGGACUCCCGAGAGUGCCGACUCCGCACGCGCGGGAAGGCGCUGCGCGGCUGCAUCGGCAUAUUCCGGGAGACGGACUACGGCAUGGCCGGACGCAUCGUCACCUUCCAGCUCCACCCCGGGGAGACCUCCACGAAGUACGCGGCACUCGUCGCGGCGCGGUGCAACGUGGACGUGCAGGACAUGAGACGGGUGCUGCCCCCGCGCCUGUGGAUGGAUGCGUCGGAGCUGGAACCGCCGGCGAACGAGGAGGACCGCAAGAGCUACAACCAUGGCCUCUACCCUCAGCGCUACGCCGACUUCUCGGUGGGCGCCCGGGAGGACUGGGGAUGGUUCCAGCAUCUGAACACCACGCCCGCGGAGAAGUGGGACCUCGUCGUACUCACCGACUUGCACGGGAUCUACAGGACACUCGCGAACCGCGACAGCCCCGCCGUGGACAGUGGCGACGCUGCGCGCGCCGAUCUCCAGCGCGACCUGGAGCGGCACGCGCUGGCCACCUUCGUGGACGCCCACAACACGAGCUACUACGUCAACUCGUACACCACGAAGGUGAAACCCAGCAUGGACGACGUGCUUUGCAAGCUCCUUGACGGCGUGCGCCGCCUGAAGAGCCAGUGGGACGACAAGGAGGCGCAGGCCGCGGGCGACGCCGGCGACGAGGCCCAGUCGACAGCCGCAGGAAAGCGCAAGGAGGAUUUCAAGCGCACGCUGCAGGUGCUGGCCCGCUUCGAGACCUGCUUCCGCAGGGCCUCCUGGAAGAGCGGCAGCGAGAUGGUCUUCCCCAUGCUCUUCGGGCACCUCUCCUUCAUGUCGCACCGUUGCUGGAAGGUGUUCAUGCGGAAAUCCAUCUACCUCGCCGCGGAGACCUGGCGCAGGCGGCACGGCCAGGCCGACACCGCGGAAAGCGCACCCGCCGCCUCGAUCACGUACGCGGUCCCCGGCACUGGACAGCAGGUCGCGAUGCCAGGGUGGCGCGAGGUGCAGCGCGAGGGCGAGACGGUGUACGUCAGCCCCGACGGCGAGGAGUUCGACACGAUCGAGUACGCGCACCAGGCGUUCCAGAUCGCGAGCGCCAGCGGCAGCUCGCUGCGCGACGUGACGAAGGCGCUGAACAAGUUGCGGGAAGGCGAGGCCGAAGAGGUGCCCGAGGCACCGGGGCCGACUGUCGAGGGCCUCGCGCAGGGCAAGUUCAGGGGCGCAGUGCUGAGCCAGCACGACGACUGGAUGCACCGCGGAGACCACCCUAUUGUCCGAGACAUGAGCUUGUACGUCUACAGCAUCUGGGUGUACCGCGUGGAACUGCCGCUGCAUGCCCUUCCGGCCGGGGAGCUGGAUCCCGAGGGCAGCGGGGGUCGCACCCUGCACGUCGACAUCGCCUUCGACUCCUCCUACUCGGCGGCGCGGAACUGGACGCAGAGGCUGGCCGUCGAGCCGCGCAUCCCGAAGGCCGAAGGCUUCCAGUUCGUGAGCGCGGAGUCGAACGUGGAGACGCACUACCUCAUGAAGUCGGUGCUGCUCCGGCCAGUGCACCUGCCGGACGCCGACGGCCCCAACGACACGAAGGAGCUGCGCUACCUCCGCGCGUACGAGCACCUGUGCGCGGCGCCGGAGGGCGAGCCG